UCUUUUGUCAAAAAAAAAUUAAAUCUAUUUAUCUUUGAAAGAAAAACGAAAAUCUCUUCAAUAAUAUGCAAUUAGGAUUCUUCUUCUGCAAUUAGGGUUCUUGUUCUUCAAUGGAUCCCAAAAAUGCAUCUACUAGAUCUCAUCUCAGUUCAAUCAAAUACACCAAUACAUCUACACUGUUUCUCAACUCCCCACGCGAAUUUCCCAAACCCAAAUCCUUCUCGUUCUUCACGAAUCCUAAUCGAAGAAGAUAUCAUCGUCUUCCCGGUCAUCGACGACGACAUUUACCAUCACCAUCGUUUUUCUCUUCACAAUCACCCCUUCUUUCUCAGUUCCAAUAUUCUCCAAUACGCAGAAGCCAAAACCCCCAAUUUUUUUCAUUGACAAAAAUCAGAAACGAUACACAUCUCCUAUCUGAUUAUUCAGCUGAAGCUGGGACUAGUGCAGAUUACUAUAAUUUUCAGCACAAUUCCACCAUGAUUUCAUCCAAUUACUGUUGUCAUAAAAUAUUUGGCGCCGCCUGUUUUAUUAUCUCAGAUAGGUCGAUUGAUUGUGUCCUUGCACAGUUGGUAACAUUAAUAGCAUACAAGUGUGUUCAAAGUUAAUGACAUAAUCAUUAAU